GUCUUGUUUGGAACAAAUCCAUCGUCGACGCCGAAACUGAAAGCAUGUAUCAACAUGUGUGCAUCUACUCACAAACGGCGACGAUUUCUCUCUCGUGGAGUCGAUCGUCACUUCCACCGCCAUCGCGUUUGGUGAAGUCCACUAUUCGAUGUGUGGCGCUAACAAAACAAGGCGAACGGUUUCUGAACACAAUCGCCGCGAAAGACACCGACUCCUCACUCGCCGACCGGUUGAUUGGCAAAUUCGUGGCUGCAUCGUCGAAAUCUGUGGCUCUGAAUGCCCUAUCCUAUCUACUAUCCUCUCAAGACGGCAACUCCCGCUUCUCCUCUCUAGCUCUCCCGUUGUAUUACAGAAUCACAGAGGCAUCUUGGUUCAAUUGGAAUCCCAAACUAAUGGCAGAUCUCAUUGCGUUGCUUGAUAAACGAGGAAGACACAAGGAAUGUGAAACCCUAAUGAUUGAAGCUACUUCUAAAUUAUCAUCUCGAGAGCGAGAACUUGCUAUGUUUUACUGCAAUUUGAUGGAUUCUCUAUCCAAGCAGAAAUCCGAGAGAGGUUUUGAUGAUUGUUAUGAUAGAUUGUAUCGGAUUGUUUGUGAUUCUUGUUCUGUUUAUGUGAAACGCCAAGGUUAUAAAUCAAUGAUAGGUGGUUUGUGUGAAAGGGGUGAACCUAAAGGAGCACAGAAUUUGAUUGAGGAGAUGAGAAUGAAGGGGAUUAAGCCAUCAUUGUUUGAAUUUAGGUCAGUUCUAUAUGCAUAUGGAAGAUUAGGAUUGUUUGCAGAUAUGCAGAGAAGUAUCGAUGAAAUCGAGAAUGAAGGUUUCAAGAUCGAUACAGUUUGUUCGAAUAUGGUUCUUUCGUCGUAUGGAGCUCAUGAUGAGCUUCCCAGAAUGGUUUCUUGGCUACAAAAGAUGAGAACUUCAGGCAUCCAAAUGUCAACAAGGACCUACAAUACGACCUUGAAUUCUUGUCCCACACUGACCAGGAUGCUGCAAGGUUCGAAUGAUUUUCCAGUCUCAAUUACAGAGCUGGUAGAGAUUUUGAGUGAAAGCGAGGUACUGUUAGUUAAAGAGUUGGCUUGCUCAUCGGUUUUGGAGGAGGCAAUGGAGUGGGAUUCCAUGGAAGCAAAGUUGGAUCUUCACGGAAUGCAUUUGGGUUCAGCAUACCUUAUCAUGUUGCAGUGGAUGGAGGAGAUGAGACGCAGACUCGGUGGUGGAGAGUUUGUGGUUCCAGCAGGGAUUACAGUAGUUUGUGGGUCUGGAAAGCAUAGCAGUGCUAGAGGGGAAUCACCCAUCAAAAUUAUGGUUAAAAAGAUGAUGAUUCAAACUAAAAGUCCAAUGAGAAUUGAUAGGAAGAAUAUUGGUUGCUUUGUUGCCAAAGGGAAAGCCGUGAAAGAUUGGCUAUUUCAGUGAGGAUAUUGGUUUAAUAAUACACUUCCCAAAUCUAAGUUCUUUGACAACAAUCGCAGUACAAGAAUUCAAUCUUUCAGAAGUGUUUUCGAGAUGAACCUUUGAAGCAAUAAGAAUCUUUGUCAAAGGAUGAAGAAAUUAGACAA